AUGCCAGGCCGACUGGCGAGGGAGCUGCUGGCAGUCGUGCGGCUUGGCCUCCCAAGCAUGGCGCCUGUGCUGGUGAUGAUGGGCCGGGUGGGAAGCUUGAGCCCAGCACACGUGGCAGGCGCCGGGAUGGGGCAGAUGUACACCAACUUGACUGGACUCGCGCUCAUUUAUGCGCUGGGCUUUGGCUGCCAAGGUCUCUUCUCACAGGCCUUCGGCGCAAAGGACUACGACAGGCUCAGCCUCCUCCUCAAGCGGCUGCUGCUCCUGCGGCUGGUCUGCGCGCUAGCUGUCACGCUGCCACUCUGGCUGGGCGCCGGCCGCCUCCUCCUCCUCGCGGGAAUGCCUCGCGACGUGGUUCGACUCACGCAGACGUUCGUCCUGUGGCGGCUGCCGGCGCUGCCGUGCCUCAUCCUGCGCAACGACCUGACCAACUUCCUGCUCGCCCAGCGAGUCACGCUGCGCCCGACGGCCAUCAACACCACUGUCAACUUCGCCGUGCUCCUCGCCCUGCCGCUCUGCAUGGACAGCCUCGGCCUCGGCUUCGCCGGCGCCGCUCUGGCCUUCACGCUGAAAGACAUGGCGCAGGGCAGCCUCCUACUCGCCCUCGGCUCCCGCUGGGUGCACGCUGGCGCUUGGCCGACUUGGAGGAGCGGGUGGCGAGCGGCGGCGAGCGGGUGGCUCGAGCUCGCGGCGCUGGGCGUGCCGUCGGCGGUGAUGAUGUGGGGCGAGUGGUUCGCGUGGGAAUUCAACCUCUUUCUUGCGGGGGCGCUGUGCGAGGGCGGGGCCGCCUGCCCCGCGAUCGAGGCAUACCCAAUCCUGUCGAACACAAUGGUGCUGGGCUUCAUGGUCCAGUUCGGGUUUGCAAUGGCGGCGGGCACGCGCACGGGCAAUGCGUUUGGCGCGGGGCGCGGUGGGGACGCGCGCUUCACUGCCGGCGUGGCGCUCGCGCUGGUCACCUCCAUCAGCGCCGCAGUCGCCGCCGUCCUCGUCGCGAUGCGGCACCAAUGGGCAGGCUGGUUCCUAGCGGGCGACCCUGCGGGCGACGUCUCGCGGCUGGUCGCCGAGAGCUUGCCUUGGGUGGCCGCGUACAUCGUCGGAGACACGCUGGGCCCCGGUUGGGCGCACACCUUGCUGUGGAGCCUUGGCACCCCACUCGUCAAGCCCGCCGCCCUCGUCGUUUUCGCCUUUUGGGUGGUGGGUGUGCCGCUUGGCUGCAUCCUUGCCUUCCAGCGCGGCCUCGGACUGCUCGGGCUGUGGAUCGGGCUCGCCACCGGCAUGUGGGUACAUGGGGGUGGGCUCGUGGCAUACAUUUACUGCUGCGGGGGCGUGACGUGGAGCCGCGUGGGACCCGCUACCUCGGUGCUGGAGCCGCCCCUCGAGGGAGUGGAAGAGGGCGAGAGCUCAGCGGGGCCCACUCCGGCGGAGGGCAAGGACGCCGUUCUUCCGCGGGCGAGAGGACUGCCGGGCGGCGUCGAGACGGGGCUGACGACGGCGCCGGCGGGACUGGAGUGCUGA